UGUAAGCCCCUGCGUUACACAGUCAUCGUGAGCACUAAAAUCUGCACACAGCUUGUCUCCUGUUGUUGGCUUGCUGGGUUCUUUACCAUCUUUAUACCUCUCCUCUUGGGCCUAACCCUUGAUUUCUGUGACUCCAACAUUGUUGAUCAUUUCUACUGUGACUCAACUUCCCUCAUGCAGAUCUCCUGCUCAGACACAAAGCUCACCGAGAUAAUGGGAUUCAUUUCUGCUGUAAUGGCACUCCUGGUCACCUUGGCAAUGGUGAUAGUAUCAUAUACGUACAUUGCAUUAACAAUUCUAAAACUCCCUUCAGCUAAUCAGAGGAAAAAAGCUUUUUCAACAUGUUCUUCUCACAUGAUUGUGAUCUCCCUUUCUUAUGGCAGCUGCAUCUUCAUAUAUGUUAAACCUCCAGUGAAACAAAAAGUAUCUUUUUCCAAGGGAAUUGCAGUUCUCAAUACCUCUGUUGCACCAUUUUUGAACCCUUUCAUCUACACCUUAUGGAACCAACAGGUGAAACAAGCCUUCAUUAAUAUGAUACACAGGGUUGUUUCUCUCCCAAACAAAUGAAUAUCCUAUUGCAUCACAUGUAAAGAAACAAACAAAGGGACCCUGGCAAUACCAGUGUA